AAAGGGAGCGCAGCCGGGAAGAAGGCGGAGGAGAGGACCAGAGGGGAGCCGGUCACCGAGGAGAGCAAAGAGUUCUACCAACUGCAGAUCCGGGACCUGGAGGGCCGCUUGGAGAGGUAUCAGAACAAAUGGGAUGAAAUUUGUGCAAAGGAGAGUCAGUUUCAGGCACAGUUCGAGCAAUUGUCCAGUGAUAAGAAAGAGAUCGUGUCUUUUCUCAAGCGAACCCUCAACCAACGUAUGGAUGAAAUCGCUGACCUCAACGAUCAGCUGACUGGACUACAACAGGCCAAAGAUGCAGAGAAAGAAGCCUACGAGGCACAGCUGGCACAGGUACGGACUGAAUCCCAGGAGAACAUGGAUCGUCUCACUUCAGAGAACAUGCUACUGGCUGGUAAAUUGGCUUCCUUGGAAGAGUUCAGGGUGCAGAAAGAGGAACUGAUGGCCAAAUUUGCUGCAUUGGAAGAAAAGUUAAGAGCUCACGAAGAAGGACACAAACAAAUGAUGUAUGAUCUGGAGAUGAAGGCAGUGCUGGAUAAGGACAGGUUGAAGAAGGAAAUGGUCCAGCGGGUGAAUACCGUGGCAGCUGAAUUCCGCAGGGUGUCCAACAACCAGAUGGCAGAGACUACAAAGCGAGCAAUCCGCGAGAAUGUGGCUAUUGGUUCUCAGCUGGCCAAGAUGUCAGAAAAGAGCAUGGACCUGAUCAAUGAGAACGACCUACUGAAAGAGCGAGAAUCUGAACUCUACAAACAGCUGGUGGUGCUGGAGGAGAAUGAGAGGGAGCUGGUGAAGAAAAAUCUAAGCAACCAAAAGGUGAUCCGCAUGUUAACUGAAAAGUGCCAGCAGCAGCAGGAGAUGUUGGACAUAGCUGACCAGAAGGAUCACGAGCUACUUGAGCUACACAUGGACCAUCAGACCCUGCAGGAGGAGGCACAAACCCUCAGACAGAGAAUGGACCAUCUGGAAGAAGAGGUGCAGAGACUGAUUGCAGAUAAAGACAAGGUGAUUGGUGAGUUGGAAGAUGAGAAGAAGAAGAGGCAAUCGGUGGAGAGGGUCUUGGCUGAGGCUGCCUCAUCUCUGAAGGAUGUACUUAUGGAGACACCCAAGAUUGAGGGGGAAGACUUAGAAGUCGCAAGAUUAGUAACACAAAACCAACUUUUGGAGAAACUCUUGAUGCUGCUCAACAGUGCGGCCACAUUAGGCCUCGGUCCAGCCUUAGAUGACUUCCAGAGAAGAGAUAACCAAUCUACGGACCAUUACAUUGCACCUAAAGCCAACAGGCAGCUUGUGUCACCCACUUUGAAAGGCCCCGGCAUCAUUGCCCAUUACCGGAUAGGAGAUCUGGGACUGGUGCCGAGACAAGACACCUCUGGUGCUGUGCUCAGAAAAAAUCGGAAUGCUUUCUAGAACCACAAGACUUGGGCCUAUACAAGCAAACCCAGGCAUAGCAAAGGACCUGCUAUCAAUGAACCAAGAGGCCAAUCUACCCAAACAAAGUGCAUUACCAGCAAUCCCUUCCACAACUGGCAGCAAGCCAAUUCUGAUAUGA